AUGAGGUUGGAGGCCAAUCUGUCGGUGCUGCCUAACGAUUCAGUGCCCUGGGACCUGGGAGCAGGAGUUGGCAACAGUAGCAGCUGGCUAGCUCCCCAGGAUGUGAUGGUGGGCAUCCUGCUCACUCUCAUCGAUCUUGUCACCUUCCUGGGCAACACCAUUGUCUUCAUCUGCCCAGCCGUGGAGAAGAGACUGAGGACAGUCACCUAUAUGUUCAUCAUGUCCUUGGCCUUGGCAGAUUUACUGCUUGCUUGCCUUGUUAUGCCUUUCAGUAUUAUCUACGAAGUGACAGGAUUGUGGAUGUUUGGUCAUCAGUUCUGCAAAGUCUGGAUCUCCUUCGAUGUCAUGUUCUGCACAGCCUCCAUUGUAACCCUGUGUUUCAUUAGCCUGGACCGGUACUGCUCAGUAGUUACGCCUUACAACUACCCGAAGAGGAUGUCUCGCAAAAGAUGUAUCAUCAUGGCCGUGACCAUUUGGGUCUACUCUUCGCUGAUUUCCUUCCUGCCAGUGAUGCAAGGAUGGAAUGAAAUACCCGGCGUUAACUUUGAUGCCGGCACAGAGUGUGUCUUUGUGACUAACUGGACAUUUGCCAUCGUGGCGUCUGCUUUGGCCUUCUACAUCCCCUUCCUGAUCAUGUGCAGCAUGUACUUCUUCAUCUACCGGGCCUCCCGUCUAAAGGCCACCAGGAUCAUGUCGCAGACCCUGGACCUCCACUACCACCCCAACAGCAAACGCCCCAACAACCUGCAGCUGGAGAACAAGGCCACCCGGACAAUGAGUAUCAUCAUCUCUGUUUUUGUCUUAUGCUGGCUGCCGUACUUUGUCCUGAAUGUUUGGCUGGCGGUGCACAGCGCAGAGGAGACCAGUGAAGUCAUCGUGCAUGUCUUCAAGGUGAUAACAUGGCUGGGGUACUGUAACUCCACCAUUAACCCCAUGCUUUAUGCCUUCCUCAAUCGCGACUUCCAGCGGGCGCUUAAGAAGCUGCUGAUCUGCCAGCGUUGGAGCUCACAAGUGGACAUUGGCGAGGACAUGGUCUCCAUCGUGACCUUCUCAAAGACUGCCCAGGAUGCGGAGUACAAUACCAGGGUGACAGGAAUUCCCACUGGAGGCAAGAGCAAGUCAAAGCAGUAG